AGCAGAGAAUAUCAAAAUUUUCUUUGACGUCUGAUCGAAUACGAAAAGUUGUUCCAAAAAGAAUAACGACGAUGGCGUUUCAUCCAUGUUGUGAUAAAACGAUUGUAGCGGCUGGUGACAAUGCUGGAAACAUUGGCAUUUGGAAUGUGGACGCAAGCAAGGAAGAUGAUGACAUCAUCAUGUAUCGACCACACGCUGGUAACGUUCGACAAGUAUAUUUUCAUCCAUUCAGAAACAACAGUCUUUUUUCCUCGAGUGUCGAUGGAUCUUUGAGACGAGCAGACUUCAAUGGUUGUACUUUUGAAGAAAUUUAUGCAACCUAUGAUCACGUGAUUAACGGUUUUUCGUGUCCUCUCAACUCGCGGGAUAUUUUUUUAUUAGCACACGACGCUGGCUGUGUGGGAGUUUUGGAUACUAGAGAAACAAAGAAUGAAGCGAAAACUCAUGUUUGUCACGGCAAAAAUGUCAAAUGCAUCGAUUCAAGCAGUUCAAACGAAUAUCUCUUCUGCACUUCGUCGAGCGAUGCGAUUGUUGCAUUAUGGGACUUACGAAAUCUCAAAGGGAUCAAAUCAAGUUUGGACACAUUUGAAAAGCACAGUCGUUCCAUAUCGUCAUCUUAUUUUUCUCCUGGUGAUGGAAAGUACAUUUUGACAACGUGUUGGGAUGAUACUGUUAAAGUGUUGGAAGUUACAACCUCAUGGAAACUUGAAAUGAAACGAAAUUUUCAACAUUACAAUCACACGAAUCGUUGGUUAACGCCUUUAAAGGCUUCGUGGGAUCCACGCAAUGAUCGUGGAUUUGUUAUUGGUAGUCUUUUAUAUAGUCGACGCAUUCAAUUUUAUCAUGUGGAACAAAUGGAAACGUCCCCACUGUUGGAAAAGUUUGAUCCAAACUUCACGACAAUCACAUCAAUAAAUGUUUUUCAUCCGACAAGGAGCAUUCUUGGCGCUGGAAAUUCGAGUGGCAAAAUUUAUAUAUGGUCAGAUUAAAAUUAUUUAUUUCAUCUCUUAUUACUCAGAGAGAUUUUUUCCUUUUUUUUAUGUAUAGUUAGUUAGAUGAAUGGUUUUCAAAAUCCAUUUAUAUUGUUUUCAUCUUCAUGUGGAAAUUAUAAUUUCUUUCAAAGAA